AUGGCAUAUAACGGUGACCUAUCUCGGCUCCUCAACGAGCAACAACACCGAGAGCCGAGUAGUAUCUUGAGCGAGGUCUUGCAGUCUCGUUUCAGCCAUGAUCAACCCUACGCGUUACUUGAUCAGCAUCGAUUAUUUGUGACCAAUCCUUACAAAAAGCUGGAGCUCUUGAAUGACGCAGCUGUACAAGCCUACGCCGACCAUGGUUACAAAAACUUGACAGCGAAUGAUGCAUCAUCGGUUGAACCACACGUUUAUGAAUUCGCAACACGAUUGUAUUAUAUAAUGCGACGACGUAAAGAACAUGUUGGUGUGAUUCUUAGCGGCGUUUCCGGAUCAGGCAAAUCAACCACACACCAACAUUUGUUAAAUGAACUCCUCCACCUUUCGGCUCAGACCAAACGUGAAGACAAAAUCCGUAGGCAGGUUACGAAUGCACAGACCGUGAUUGAAGCCUUCAGCGGAGCAUCCACUGCAGACAAUAUGCAUGCCUCGCAUUUCAGCCAAUUCCAGACACUGUAUUUUAAUGAACGUGGGCGUAUCCUUGGAUCCUACACGGCUGUUUACUUGUUGGAUAAAUUUCGUGUGGCACCCAAUGCAUCCGAUCCAACCUUCAACAUUUUCUAUCAAUUGCUUGCUGGAACCACGGCUCAAGAGAAGAAUGCAUUACACAUCAAUCAUCCAGCCGACUACUUUAGCUACCUUAAAGAUAGCCAGCAUCAUCCACAUCGCUAUGUGGAAGGCACACCUACCACACGUGAUGAAGUGUUGUUUAAUGAUUUUAAGGAAGCACUCAAAGCAUGCGGCUUCAAGAGUAAAACGAUUGCCCAGAUAUGUCAGCUGCUGGCAGCCAUCUUGCAUCUUGGUAAUAUUCAAUUUACGUCAUCGGCCUCUGACAAUUGUCGCAUCAAGAACAAGGAUACCUUGUCAUUGGUGGCUGCAGCCUUGGGCGUGGCUACUACAAAAUUAGAAUCCACUCUUACACACAAGCUAAAGUUGCUCGGCAAGGAAUUUUGUACCGCCUUUUUGACAGUGGAUGGUGCUACACAACAACGUGAUUCACUCGCACGGACGCUGUACACGAUUUUGGUGCUUUGGGUGACCGAUCAGAUAAACCAAAAGCAGCAGCAAAUGAUGACCGAUACAGAAAAGCACUAUUGUAUACGUAUUUUGGAUCCUGCUUCACGCACUUCUUCAACAUCACCACGUGGUUUCAUGGAUUUAUGCAAGCACUUUUGUGAAGAGCGUAUGCGCGCUUUUCGAUUUCCUCGUCCAUUGCAUAUCAACAACCAUUACAACGGCAACCCAAAUUCCAGCUUGUUCAUAUUCCAAGGCAUGAUCCCAGUACUUGAUCGAGAAUCAGAGCGUUUACAAGCCUAUGCUUUGGAUGCCACGGAUCAACAUUUCUUGUCAUUGGCUUCUAAACACAUGGCUGUUGACAAGGCCAACAAGAGCUUUACCAUCCAACAUUUUGGCACCCCGGUGGAGUAUAGUGCUGAUGGUCUUCUUGAGAACAAUCUUGAUGCACUAUCGCCUGAUUUCAUUUUGCUUUUCCGAUACAGCUGCUCCAAUGCAUUUUUCCGUGAGUUGUUUGAGAGCUCGGUGGUGGUAACAGAAACGCAUCCACGUGAUGAGAGGACGAUCAUCAAGGCGCAAUUGCCUUCAUCACCAGCAGCAUGGGAAAUACAACAACAAGAAGAUCAACCACCACGCAAAAUUGAAACCGUAAUGGAUCAAAUGGUGCAUAGCAUGGAUGAUUUGAUGGAUGUUCUUGAUACAGCACGUCUCUUUGAAAUCAUGCACGUUCGUCCCAAUGAUCAACAAAAGCCCGAUUUUUUCGAUCCAGCCGUCGUUCAACAACAACUUAAUGCAUUCCAUCUUGGGCCACUUGCUUUGGAUCAAAACAUGUAUCGAUACACAUUGGCUGAAUUUCUCGAGAGAUACUAUUACUUGACUUGUAUGCUUCCUGAUCAUGGAGAAAAAAUGGCGGCGGAUGACAUGACAAUGGUUUCUGGAGAGGGUGCCCAAAAAGAAGAAUACCCACAACAACAAGAAAACAAUGACUCUGAAACGGUGCUCAAGCUUGUACACAUGAUGCAAUGGACCGAUCGACAAGUGCAGCUUGAUAGUACCCAUAUUUGGAUUGGCUUUGACGUGUGGAAAGAUCUUGAAAACCAUUUACGUGCACUCGAAAAAGAAGAUCGUAUUCGUGAACGAGAACGACGCAUGUUGGAAGAAGCUGAACGACAAGCAGCUGAAAAAGCUGAAGCUGAAGCACGUGCAGCAGCCGAAGCGGCAGCAGAAGCAGAAGCAGCAGAAGCAGCAGCAGCCAAGGCUGAACAAGAAGCAGAUGAGGGUGGCGAUCAACAUCAUACAGGCGAUAAUCCAUUCGAUGAUCCAGAUGGUGCUUCCGAUGUUUAUUCGGAUCAUGACUUUUAUGAUGAUCGCACGGAAGUGGAUGAACGCAUGGGCAGUACUUUUGGCAAACAAAGUAGUCAAUGGGCCGAUGAUGAUGAUUACAUGGAUGGCUAUGGGCCUAAUAUGGAUAUGAGCAAAAUGAUUGAAGAUCAUUGUCCUCCAGCUGAAGAGCUCAUUGAAGUUGUUCCAAUCACUCGCAUACGUCGUUGGUGGGCACGUUUUGUAUGGUUCUGUACUUGGAUGAUCCCAUCAUUCGCACUCAAAUACAUUGGCAAAAUGCAUCGACAAGAUGUGCGUAUGGCAUGGCGUGAAAAAGUGACCUUGUGCAUGUUGAUCUUUUUAUUGUCUGCAAGCGUCAUCUUUUUCAUUGUGGGUCUUGGCGAGGUGAUUUGCCCAGGUACCAAGGAUCUCUUUACAUCAAAUGAUGUCACUGGUCACCAAACCAUUGAAGAUUACUGGAUCAGCGUGAGAGGAAAAGUCUAUGAUAUGACCAAGUUUGUAUCCUCACCCCAUGGCACGACCACGUAUAUGGCGACCAAAUCGACUUUGGAACCUUUGGCAGGCCGAGAUUUAUCAUACACAUUCCCACCACCGUUAACACAAGCAUGUCAAGGCUUGGUCACUGAUCCAUCCAUAACGGUCGUACCCAAUGAAACCAUUGUCCUUGGUCCAUUUGUGCAUUAUUCGGGUGAUCAGCAAAGCGAGAGCUCACUUGCAAGAUUGGGUGACCCAAAUUGGUUGGAUCAUUACUUUUCACCGGCGGUGACUCCAAACAAAAAAGGCCAACUGGUGAUAUCGAAAAAGCAAUUGAAAGACGACUUUGAAGGAUGGGGUCGACUCGCACUUGCCAUUGAUGGCAAGGUAUACGACUUGACAGACUACAUGACUACAGCACGUAAAUACCCUCGUAAUGCACCUGGUGUGCCUAAUUAUCACUAUUUGGAUGACGACGUGGAGCGCAUGUUUCAGAAGUAUUCAGGGACGGAUGCUACAGACCAAUGGAAACUUUUCACUGCCAGCAUGGAUGAAGCAACACGAGCCCAAAAUCUUGACUGCUUGAACAAUGCAUUUUAUGUGGCACAACUGGAUUAUCGUGAUGAGCUGCGAUGCACCUUUGUAAAUUACUUGUUGCUCAGCUUUGCUGUCAUCAUGUCCUUUGUGGUCCUUGUCAAGUUUUUGGCAGCACUUCAAUUUACAGGUGAACCAACACCGGAGGAACAAGACAAGUUUGUCAUAUGCCAAGUACCAUGCUACACUGAAGGCGAGGAAUCUUUACGCAAGACCAUCGAUUCAUUGACAACCAUGAACUAUGAUGACAAGCGCAAGCUUUUGUUUUUGAUUGCUGAUGGCAUGAUUAUUGGCAGUGGCAAUGAUAAGCCAACACCCAUGGUCCUUUUGGAUAUCCUUGGAUACGAUGUUGAAAAAGACGAAGAUCCUGAACCAGUCAUGUUCAAAUCAGUAGGCGAAGGCAGCAAGCAGCUCAAUUAUGGCAAGGUGUAUUCGGGCUUGUAUAUGCAUGAAGGCCACACGGUGCCCUAUAUUGUGGUUGUCAAAGUUGGCAAGUCGACCGAACAAAACAAACCUGGCAACCGUGGCAAGCGUGAUUCACAAAUCAUAUGCAUGGACUUUUUACGCAAGGUCCAUUUUGAUGCUGAAAUGACACCUUUGGAACUCGCCAUCUAUUACAAUAUCCGUAACGUGAUCGGGAUUGAUCCCGCUUUGUAUGAGUACGUGCUUAUGGUGGAUUCGGACACCGAGGUGUAUCCCGAUGCAUUGACGAGGCUAGUGUCAUGCAUGUUGCAUGAUAGUCGCAUUAUUGGUCUGUGCGGCGAAACGGAGUUGUGCAAUGAAGACAUGUCUUGGACAACACGUAUCCAGGUGUAUGAAUAUUACAUUUCACAUCAUCUUGUCAAGGCUUUUGAAUCACUCUUUGGAUCCGUCACUUGUCUGCCAGGCUGCUUUUGCAUGUAUCGCAUUCGUACACCACACAAACGUCAACCCUUAAUUGUGUCUCCUCAAAUCAUUCGUGGCUAUUCCGAUAAUCAGGUGGACACAUUACACAAGAAAAACUUGCUGCAUUUGGGUGAAGAUCGAUACUUGACAACGUUGAUGAUGAAAAACUUUCCACAAUACAAGAUCAAGUUUACUCCCUAUGCUCGUUGUCGCACUGUGGCACCCGAUAGUUGGCGUGUGUUGCUUUCACAACGUCGUCGUUGGAUCAAUUCAACCAUUCACAACUUGCUCGAGCUUAUUCUCUUGCCGGAGCUUUGUGGCUUUUGCUGCUUGUCCAUGCGAUUUGUGGUCAUGAUUGAUCUCAUUGGCACUGUCACUUUGCCUGCCUCUGUCAUUUAUUUGGCGUAUCUCAUUUACAUUGCAGCGUCCAACACAGGGCCAAUUCCAGUCAUUGCCUUGGCUAUGCUUGCAGGUGCCUAUGGUCUUCAAGCAUUGAUCUUUAUUUUCAAACGUCAAUGGCAGCAUAUUGGAUGGAUGGUCAUUUAUUUAUUAGCCAUUCCCGUAUUCAGCUUUAUCAUCCCGAUUUAUGCAUUCUGGCACUUUGAUGACUUUUCUUGGGGCAACACACGUGUUGUCGUAGGCGAUAAGCAGAAGCAGAUCAUUGUUACCGAAGACGAAAAGUUCGAUGACAAGAUGAUUCCUAUGAAGAAAUGGUCACAAUACGAGCGUGAAAUGGAGGAACUGGCACUUCAACAAGAGGAGGAAGAUAACAAGACUCAAUUGACGGAUGACAAUGAGCACCACAGCCAUGAAGGAGGAGGAGGGGAUGAUCAUGAUGGUUUGCAAGCACCAAGAUUACUCUCUGAACGCAACUUGUCCGAUUUUGCAGUGGAUCUUUCAGGUGCAUUGAAUUAUCCAUCAUCUAACAAUGGGCCAUUUACACAAUCAUCCAUGCUAUCACAAGACGAGGAGCAUGUAUCUAAACCUAUCCUUCCUGAAGAUGAGGAUAUCGAACGUGAGGUUGCACGCAUUUUGGCUGGUGCCAAUCUUAUGGAGCUUACCAAAAAGCAAGUGCGUGACCAGCUUUCGCAGCGAUUUGGCGUGGAUCUCACCAUCAAAAAGGGAUUCAUCAAUGAAGCAAUCGAACGCACCCUCACCAACAGCACACUGUAA